AUGGCUACUGCUACAUUGAGCCCGGCCGAUACCGAGAAGCUCUCGAAGCUCAAAUCUGCGGCUGGUAGUCUCAAUCAAAUCAGGCACGUGUUGAUGAUUCUAAUUCUCUUCAUUUUUGACGUUUUUGCUUUGCUUUGUGAGAAUGAGAAAUCUGGAUUCAUUAACCUCGUCUCUCGCUAUCUCAGUGGCGAAGCGCAACACAUUGAGUGGAGUAAGAUCCAGACUCCUACUGAUAAGGUGGUAAUACCUUAUGACAACUUAGCAACCGUGCCAGAAGAUCCUGUGGAAACCAAAAAGCUUUUGGACAAACUUGUGGUGUUAAAGCUUAACGGAGGCUUGGGCACAACAAUGGGGUGUACUGGCCCAAAGUCUGUUAUUGAAGUUCGUGAUGGUUUGACAUUUCUUGACUUGAUUGUCAUCCAAAUUGAGACACUCAAUUCCAAGUAUGGAUGCAAUGUGCCGCUGCUUCUAAUGAACUCAUUCAACACUCACGAGGAUACACAGAAGAUUGUAGAAAAGUACUCCAAGUCAAACAUUCAGAUUCAUACGUUUAAUCAGAGCCAGUAUCCUCGCCUGGUUGCUGAAGAUUUUAUCCCCCUGCCGUGCAAGGGAAAUUCUGGCAAGGAUGGAUGGUAUCCCCCUGGCCAUGGUGAUGUUUUCCCAUCAUUGAUGAACAGUGGGAAGCUUGAUUCAUUGUUGUCACAGGGCAAGGAAUUUGUCUUUGUUGCCAAUUCAGAUAACUUGGGUGCUGUUGUUGAUUUGAAAAUUUUGAAUCAUCUAAUACAAAACAAGAAUGAAUACUCUAUGGAGGUCACUCCCAAAACUUUGGCUGAUGUGAAGGGUGGCACCCUAAUUUCUUAUGAAGGAAAAGUUCAGCUCCUGGAGAUUGCUCAAGUUCCUGAUGAACACGUCAAUGAAUUCAAGUCAAUAGAGAAGUUCAAAAUUUUCAAUACAAACAAUUUGUGGGUGAGCUUGAAGGCAAUCAAAAGACUUGUUCAAGCAGAUGCACUCAAGAUGGAGAUAAUUCCUAACCCAAAGGAAGUGGAUGGAAUUAAAGUUCUCCAGCUAGAAACAGCAGCUGGUGCUGCAAUAAGGUUCUUUGAUCAUGCUAUUGGUACAAAUGUUCCUCGAUCGCGAUUCCUUCCGGUAAAAGCAACUUCAGAUUUGCUUCUUGUCCAGUCUGAUCUUUACACCUCAUCUGAUGGCUUUGUUAUCCGCAAUGAAGCUAGGGCAAACCCUGCUAACCCUUCUAUUGAAUUGGGACCAGAAUUUAAAAAGGUUGGCAAUUUCCUAGGCCGUUUCAAGUCUAUCCCCAGUAUCCUGGAGCUUGAUAGCCUGAAGGUGACCGGUGACGUAUGGUUUGGGUCUGGCAUCACUCUCAAGGGGAAAGUGACCGUAGCUGCAAAACCUGGAGUCAAGUUAGAAAUCCCUGAUGGAGCUGUACUUGAAAACAAGGAAAUCCAUGGCCCAGAAGAUAUUUAAGAAGGUCAUUUCUCUUGGAAAAGUUGUGGAGGUUUCUCUCAAAUUUCACGCUUCUUUUCCAAAAUAUUUUUGGAGGAUUUGGUUUAAGAGUUAUCGAGUAUAAAUAAUAAUUUUGGUAAAGUCGAUCAUCUAAAUGGAGUGGUGGCUCUCGAGUAUAUCUCGAUGCCAUGUCUUAAUCUCUGGAGAAAAUAGGCAUUUUUCAAGUGUUGAUUUACUUUCCAUUGAUUUAUGUAUAGAACAAUGGUAUAUCUUUUUGGUUUAUUGUUUACCAAUUUUGUUUUGCUGCGAAUAAUGAUCGUUGGUUAUAAAUUAUAUAAAUAUUCAAAAAUAUAUGUACAAGUGUAUUAUGC